AUGUCCCGCCGCCCCCUGAACUUUACCGGCGCCGACCGGACCGGCAGCAGCGGCGGCGGCGGGCUCGCCCUCAUCGCGUCCGCAUAUGUUCCACCUCCCGCCGCCGACCCUGCGGCUACUGCGGCCGCAGUGACAACCAGCCUCGGCACCCACGCAAGCAGCUUUAAGCCAUCCGCGCUUUACGCCCAAUCCGACACAUCCUCGGACGCCACGCCGGGCCAGUUAGGGGCAACUACCGCCUCCACUCUCCCCACAGCUGCUACAGCCAAGCCACCAACCGACGUGGUAAUGCCGCCCACAGUUCACCCGAGCCCCGUCGGCGCAGAUGACCCUCAGGUCGCGCAGCUCGGACUUGGCCGCCAACUCCAAAGCAGCAACUCUCUCCAGGGAAGGCCGAGAGGCAGCAACAUCGCGAGUUUCACAAACCGAGAAGGCGGCAGCAACUCCACCCCGCUGACGGCUACAUCCGCCGUCGCCGGCGACGCCGUAGCUGCCGCUACUGCCGCGGGCCACCCUGGCACACCCUUUUCCACCUCCGUCGCAGCGGCAGCUGCCGCAGCCAUGGGCAGCGAGACAGCCGGUAGCGACAAGGCGCGCCCAGUGCCCAUUGCCUCGUCCAUCUCCACGCCGGCGGCCUCUGCUAGCGCGGCCAGCUGCCGCACCAACGCCCCCCGACCGGCUUCCUCACCGCUAACCUCGCCGCUGACGUCGUUUCAGAUCCGUAAAGCGGAAAAUGGCGGCGGCAGCGGCAGCAUGUUUCUGGGCGCUCGGUCUGGCUCCAGCACAAUAGUUCCGGCUGCGGCUGCGGGCGCUGCUACCGGGAGCUGCACCACCCUCCUCCGUACCGUCAGCGAGCGGCGCAUCCAGCGGCUACUGCACAGGAUCGAUAGCAUGUGCAAUGGAGGCAGCGCCAGUCAUAGCGCAACCAGCCCCGGCUUCAGCGCUUUGCACGACAACGAACUCGAUCGCGACAGCGGAGGUGGCGAGCGGUCGUACAAGUGGAAGGGUCUUUCCUUGCCACCGUCGCCGCCGCUGCCGCCGCGGCUGGACGAGCAGGGGCUCCAAGAGCUCCUGAAGAUGUUGCCGGCGUCGCCAGAGGCGGCCGGAGUGGAGCCUUCAGCGGGUACGACAGUGUACGACGGCAGCUCAGUCGCGGCCGCCGCAGCGAUCAGGUUCAGGGAUGGUGCUGAUGCAGCUGAUGUUGUUGUUGGUGUUAAAGCCGACGGGGGUUUGGUGGAUGGGACGGCGGCGAGGGGCGGGCCUACUGCCUUGGCGGCGAGCUGGGUGGAGCGGGAAGCUGCCAUUGCAGCGGAUCCAGUAGAAGCGGCGGCGGCGCUGGCGGCGGCGGAAGCUGCUCUGAAACCAGGAUCGGCGGCAGCAGCGGAGCCGAGGGAGCGGUUGUUAGAGCUGACGUUGCGGCCGCUGGUUGGGAAUCCGAACGGUGUGGUCUCGGAGCGCAAGGGGGCGCCAAGUGGCGUUACUGACCGGUUGUGUGCGCUGGUAGGCGCCGGCGGUCCCGACGGCGGCGACGGCCCCGCUCUCGGCAAUGCCGGCGGCGGGACCCAUGCGGUUGUGUAUGCCUGGGCUGCCGACAACGGAUGCGCCGCCGCUGGCUCUUCCACUGACGGCCGCAGUGGCGGCGGGGACGGCGGCGGGAAAGCAGUGCGCCAGUCCAGGCGAUCGAGCAGCGGGGACGACAGCGACAGCCUGAGUGACUCGGCGGAGCGGGAGCUGAGUGUACGGCAGUUGGUGGACCGUCGCCUGGCGGCCCGGGAGGGCGUCAGCACGCGCCGCCCGGGAGCAUCCAUGUCGUCGUUGACGCUUGCGCCGCGCGCCCUCGCGGACACCGCCGCCGCGGCCGCCGAUGGGCCCCCGACACCCUCGGCGUCAGCAUUACUCACAUCCCCGCCGCCGCCGCUGCCGCUGGUAGUGGCGAUGGUGGAAGCGGUUCCCGCUGCUGGUUCGCCGCGGGUUGGUCUCCGGAAGCAAGGCAACCGCUGCAGCCGGAAGGCCUGGAGCAGCAGCAGCAGCAGCGGCGGCGGCGGCGAGGGCAGCGGCAGUGAUGUCGGUGGCGGAGUCGCCUACAGAGUCGUGGCGGAGCGAACCCAGAUCCCCCAUGCGGCAGCGGAAGGAAGAAACGCCGGUGGUGACGGCGGCAGCGAUAGCGACGGCGAGGGGGCAGAGGAGCGUGACGACUCUGUCGGUGACCGCUCCGUGCCGGCGGCAGCAGCGGCGGAGGCGGCGAAGUGGCCCAACCUGCAGCCCAAGCCGCCAGCCGACACUGGACCCCGGAGAGCCUCCACACAAAGCCACCUAGGGCACGUCGGCGGCCCACAGCCGCUGCUUGCAGCGACCGCGACGGCGACGGCGACGGCAGACGGGUCCCACGGAAAUGGCACCUCCAUGGCGGCGGCGGAGGGGCGUCGUUCGGGCGCCGUGCUGAUGUCAUCGCCGUUGCAGGCGCGUCUUUCUCCGGCUGCCGGCCGCAGCACGCGCAGUCGUUCGGAGUCGUCGGCAUUGCUGCGGGAGCCCGUCGUCGCCGGCGCUACCGCUACCGCUACCGCUACCUCGGGGGGUCAGAUCAAGUCGGCAAAGGCGCCAACGUACCGCGGCGGUGGCGCCGAAGACGAUAGCACAUCGAGCGAUGAGCGAGAAUUUGAGAUGCGACUCGGAGGCCUGACGCCGCCGCCGGCGGGGUCGUCAUCCGCCGCGGUGCUCCAAGCGGCGGCUAGCCUUGUCGCCGCCAUCGACAAGGACCUCAACCGCAGUACGGCAUCCGUCGCCGCCAUCUCCGGAACACAGGUCCGUCAUGGCAAUGACGUCAUGGCCUGUACGACCGUAACCGCAGAGCACGGAGCCUCCUCGGCGCCCGCCGUGUCCUCUCCGCCGCCGACGAUGUACCCGCGGCCGCCGCCAGCGUUACCUGCCGCCGCCGCUGCUGCGGCAGCUGCCGCCGCAGCGGAGGCGACUUUGGCACUGCAGCGGGAGCUAAGUGGCAGGUCGCAACGCCGCCUCGCGUCUCUGCAACGUAGCCUGAAGCACGCAGCUUUGUCGCCGCCGCCAGCACUUCAGCAACAGCCGGAUCCCUCCUGGGGCCGCCGGCCGAGCACGAGACUCCUUGGUACGGCAUCCGCCACAGAUGAUGGUAGCGGCGGCCCGAGCUUCGUUUCCAGUACGGGAGGCAGGUCUUUCGUGGCACGCCAUGCGGCUGGCUGCCACGGCGCCGCGGCAGCGGCGGCGCUGGGUACAGCAGCAGAGCCGCCGCCGCCGCCGCUUCCGGCGCCCUCGUCCGUAUCACGAGCAUGCGCCGGCGUGUCGGUGGGACCUUCUUCCGCCAGCUCUCCGGCCGUGGAUUUGUACGGCAAUGGCAAUGGCAGCGGCGGCUCCACCAAUGGCCUGCUAGCUGUCGACAGCAUCAUAGAUCAUUUGGAUACAGAUGACAGUACGGCGCCGAUGUGCGUGGACCGAAUAAAACGCGACUUGGAGCGCCUGCUGACGGUAAAGGUUCUUGCGGAAGAGGGGAUUCCGGUUGGCCCCCGGGUCAUAGUGAUAGUAGUGGUGGUGCUAGUGCUAGUGGUGGUACCGGUCAUGGCAGUGUGA